CUUGCUCAUAACACACAACAUAAAUUCCACAGUUUGAGAAACGGUGCCCUGGUUCUUCUCUCAGAGAUACCAAUUGGAUGCAAUUUUGCUUUUUUUGAAAAGAAGACAUAGAGUACGCGUCAAUUUACAAAGUUUGCAGUUGGUGGGAAUCAGUUUGAUCGAGCGUAGCAUUCGUCCUGCGUAAACGUGUGUUCGAUCAUUCUUCUGUUGAAACAAGGGAAAGUGAGUCAUCUUGUUGAAAGAACAUAGGGUUUCGUCUCGUACUCGUGCUUAUCUUUCUAUCUCUUUGAACCUAUAUCACAACAUUUACUAUGGGCCUUUUCAAAAAGAACAAGGGCGUCAACCCUGAUAUGUACAAGGCCCCGGAGCAAAAUAACUCAGCUGCAAGAUCUGAGACACCUGCCCCUUCCUAUUCUACCAAUAGUUUUUCAGGUGGCUCUUAUCCUGGCGCGUACAGUGCAGGCAGUGGAUAUGACACUAACAUGUCGAAGAGUGGCUACAACAUGCAAUCGAUUCGCAAUGAUCCUUAUGCCCGAAAAGAUAUGCCUCCAAUGCGAUCUGGUGCUGCUGUAGCUCCUUCCGGUUAUGAACGGCCAAGUUAUCAGCGUGCGCCAGGAAGUCAGACGACGUUAGACUUGAAAAAGCAAGAAUUAUUUCAAGGUGCACGUCUCAUCCAAGAAUCAUCUGAGAAUUAUUUGAAAGACGAUGGCGAAGCUGACUUGUCGAAUCCUUACAGUGCAACGGCAGAAGAAGACGAGGAUGUCGAGGCCAUUAAGCAAAAGAUUCAAUUCGUUAAGCAAGAUAGUUUGUCGAGUACACGGAAUGCCUUGCAGAUGGCGAACAACGCCGAACAGAUAGGAAUGUCAACACUUCAAAACUUAGGGCAACAAACAGAAAAAGUUGCAAGCGCUGAAAAAGAUCUUGAUGUUGCUAAAAUCCAUGCAAAACGUGCGGAAGAGCAGGCAAGAGAACUAAAAACCUUAAAUAGAAGCAUGUUUGCUAUACAUAUUGGUAAACCGUGGGGUAAAGGUAAACGUAUCGCCGCCGAGGAAGCUCGGCUGACCGCUAAACGUGAGAGUGAACGUCAGGAUGAAAUUUUAAAUAGACAGUUUGCAUUUCAGUCUCAGCGUCGUAUUGGAGAAACUAUGAAGAAGAAUCAAAAAGAUUCAACCAAAACCAAAGAUACGAAAGGAGUAUCUAUUCUCGAGCGCUCUCGUUACCAAUUUGAGCCGGAUGCCGAAGAUGACCUGAAUGAGAAAGAAAUUGAUAAGAACUUGGAUCAGCUCGAUGGUGUUGUUGGUCGUUUGAAGGGUUUGGCAUAUGCUACCGGACAAGAAGUUGAAUCUCAGAACAGUCGACUCGGCAAAAUCCACGAUAAAAGUGAUCGUUUGGAUACGGACGUCUAUCUCAAUGUUGAACGCCUACGUAAUAUUCAUUGAUGCAUGAAUUUCUCUUUUCCAUGAUUAAUUUAUUGAUUACAUCCUACCGGUUUUAGUACUUUUUUUAUUACCCUUUUACUUUUUUAUGAACGAAACAAUGCUUUUUUAGAGAUUUCACUAUAUGUAUUUAUCGGAGUCUAUAUUGAACGAAGAAAUCCGCGCUAGCCUUAUAGUUAGAGUAAUACUAUCUGAAGGUUUUUAUAAAGAAUCUGAAAAGAUGCAUGAGAUUGGUCGCACGUAUGAGCUUUCGUAAAAAACAGCUGUAAAAAGAUUCCAGCAAAAAAUCGCUAUUUGACAAAUGUGUACUAAUUGACACUUUGAUUUUAAAGUUCUACUAGGCGAACGGGUGCCUACAUUGUAUUGUCUAAACGAGAAUUACUUUCAAGCUUUCUUGAUGAAUUAGCAAAUACAUGUCGUUUAUAAAGAGAUAUAAUUUACGUCUGAGAUAUUAAUCAAAACUAAGAUGAAAAGAAUUCAUUGAAAUAUGAGAAUGUCAAAAACUAUGUUAUUAACAUAUAAUAUCGUGAAGGAUUUCGUUAUGCAAUUCCAUCAAAAGCCUUUAUAAAAAGAAACAAAAAUAAACGUCAUUUUUAAAUGCACUUUUCGUUGGCAGCCUUACGCUCUUCGAAGACAUUGAGAGCUUCUUGAGCGGCCUUAAUACCACUAAACAUCAUACCUCCAAAGGUAGGUCCCAUACGAUUGGCACCGUCAAUUUCAGAAAGUUCCAUACCAGAAACAACCAAACCAGGAUACACCUCACGAGUACCCUUCACAAUGAGGUUUUCGGAACGAUUCAUGUCAAGAGGGCGCAUGUCGCCGAGAUGUGGGACAAGGCCAGCUUGGUGAGCACGCUUAACGCAGAAAGCACCAAAGGGACCGUCAUGACCAGUGGCCGAAAGGACCAAAUGAGCAUUGAUGGUGUUGGGAUCCAUACAAGAUUGAAGGCCAUGGUUUAAACUGACAAGAGUCCAGUUGGUGACAACACCAGCGAUACGUUGGUUGCCAUCUUGAUCAGCCUUGACAAUCAAAUCUUCCACGGCAGUAGCGUUAAAGAGCUUGAUGUUAGGAAGGGAGAGAGCACGGGCCAUGACGGUGCUUGUGAAGAGAGCAGCAUGCUUGAUAACCACGUAUUCACCUUCAUCCUCAUAAGGAACACCGAUUUCUCUCAAGAAGGCAUCAGCCGGCUUACGGACGACCAUGGCGGAAAAGAGUUGACCGCCCAACCAGGCUCCACCACCAGGAGCAACGGAGGCCUCAAUGAUUGCAAUCUUCAGGUCAGGACGGCGAGUACCAAGAUAGUAAGCAGCAGUGAGGCCAGCGGAUCCGGCACCGACAAUGACAAUGUCAGACUCAGCAUACUUAUCCAAGUCUGCAAAGUAGCGACGAGUCAUGGCACGAGAAACAGUACUUUCACGGAUAGGAGAGAAGUUGAAAGCAUCAUCCAGUUGGUACGUAGGGAAAGAUUUCGCCAAAGUGUUGUAUUCAUUUUUGACGAGGGCAACGUCCUUUUCGACUGGCAAGUCGGACUUGAAGAGAUUUUGAACUUGAGCAACAGCAGUAGCGGGGGCCAUUAUGAAGAAGUCAAACACGAAUGAAUAGUCGAAUUUGAUUAUAAAAACAGGGCAUCCUGGCCGUCAUUUAUACUUGAAUUUGGCCUUCUUCUACCUGAGCAUUUAGUCUGCUUGCGGUCAUUGACGCGGUUUCAGAUAUCCGAAGUAUCGACUUUUUAAAACACACAUCCGGAAACGGGUGCAAUCUUUCGUAAAUGUUUUAGUUAUACGCUAUUCGUUACUUUAGCAGGAAAUCUACUAAAAAAGUAGGAACCCGGAUGUUGUAAUCAUUCGCGCUUUAAAUCGAUUGAAAACGUCAAAAGUGAUUUGGCUUUUACGUUGGAAUGGGUUGCCUGGCAGUCUGCUAUUUUGAGAGGAUUACGAUACGGAUACAAAUGAGUGAACCGAUUGUUGGUGGUUUGUAGAGACGAUAAAGACUAUGAAUUCAUAAAGAAAUAAGAGAAAGAACUCUCUUUCCAGCUUUUAGCCUUCAAAAGUUAUGUAAACAUUGGAUUUUAUCAUUAGGUCAUGCCUGAUAUUGUGUCAAAUCCAAUUGGCAGAUCUUAUGGAACAAGCAACUGACGUUUCCGUCUGUUCCAAUUGCAAUCUUUUUCGUAUUUUCCCUAUUCCUUUCCUUUCUUUUGUGCUUUUUCACCUCAUCAACAAAAGGAAUCAACCUCAUGGAAUAGGGACUUGUGUUUAGAUACGUAAUUCUCUUGAAACGCACAGCGCUAUGUCUCCUUCGUAAAUAAACAACCGUGAAUCGACGUUGGAUACAUAGAAAUCAAUAACUGACUCAGCGAUGGUAAGAAAGACUCAGUAAGAUAUUAACUUGCUUGCUCUACUGUGUGAUGAAUGGAAGCCAGUAUUGUGAGUGAAAAGUGGUAAAAGGGGUGUCUUGCCUAGGAAAAGAAUGGAUCUGUCAUUGAUCCUUCCAUUUUUCCUUUGGCUAAAUCCCUCUUUGUUGACAUUGACUCCCCGCCCUUAAUAUUGAAAAGUACAGUUUUUCAGUGCUAUAUAUAGGGACCACCUUAUUUAUUAAGGACAGACGUUGGUGGAAGUAGGAAGCCUUUACUCGUAAUACAAAAGCCAUCAGCCAAUUGAAACUAGAAGUUUGCUUUCUGCCUUAAUGUCUUUUCUGAUCCAUGCUCAUCUCUACAAUCGGCCUUUUUGUUUUUCACUUCUCAAAACUUUUUUCAUUGGAUUGUAACGAGGUACGCUGCAAAUCUUAAGUAAACAAUACAAAAUUGUUUAGAGGUGAAAAAAUAUGUCCAAACGUAGCUUACGAAAUCGCAAAGCUCAACAGAUACGAAUCAACUAUAAGAAGGGAGAUGAGGAUUGCAUUUCCGCACUGCGUCCGGCUUUCAUGCGAGGCGUGCAAGAACUGAUCAGUUCGCUCCUUCAGUGAUUUUCCGUAAAGCACAACACUCACUCAUUGUCUGACCUUUGACUUCGGUUUGACCUAAACAGACAUUUUCUGUUUUUUCUUUAAUCCAUAUUUGUAUUCCUAGUCGAUCUUCUUGAUUUGAUCUCAAGACGUUAACGAACCCCUGUGAAAUUCUCCUUGUCACGUUAGAAAGGUGUUUUC